AUGCUGUUCCACUGUCAACAAUGCAAUGCCCCAAUUGCAUUGGACAGCUCACUCGAAAGCUUGACUAAAGGGCAGAUGGAUAUUUUGUUAAGAAAGAGCGAGAAAAUGAACGAAAUUCCCAAACCAAAGCCAACAUCAUAUAUUCCUGAGGAUCGCCUAAACCUAGCUAUUAAAGCUCUCUCUUUGGGUAAUAAUGAUCCACAUAUAUCCUUGGAUUUCACUGAUUCUGAAGAUAGUACAAGUGAGUCGAAACAAACUUAUGUUUACGUCUCAGAUGGCGAAACGGAGACUGACAUUGCUAGGAAAGAUCUGAAUGCUGGUCAUAUCAGUGAUCCUCAGGAAGAAUCCGAACUUUAUGGCGAUGGUCAGCUUCCAGAAUUCUCCAAAGUAAAAUCUUUGAGUAGAGUUUUUUCUGUGUUGUCGUCAAAUCAAGAUGUUAACUUUCCCAUGUGUUUGGAUUGUGCUCAACUUUUGAGUGAAAAUUACAAACUAAAGUUUGAUCAGAGCCAACGAGAGAAAGAAUACUAUAUGACUUUCUUGAAAAAAAUGAAGGAAAGAGAAUUCUCCAUGGAUAUGACUGGAGACGCAAUGAACACUGUGAUGAAUGAUUCAAUUAACGAACUACGGCAACUUGAACAACUACAGGAUUCGAAAUUGAAAGAGUUAGAAACUCUUGAGUCCACUUACAGCGAUUUAAAUACCCAACUCAAUAGUCUAUCUCAAGAACUAGAUAAUCUUAACGUGGGCAAAUUGGAAGAAGUGGCCAAAUUGAGGAAUUCACUUAACCUAGAGUUGUCGGUCAAGCAGAACAAGUUUGACAAAGCGAAAGCGUUAUAUCAGAAGCAGUUAGAUUACCUUGAUGAGUUGCGCUCGCUCAAUAUCUAUACCAAACUCUUUUCUAUUCUGUUUGAGGAUAAAUGGGGCCGCAUCAACGGGUUUCGCAUUGGCUACAAAGUUCCUUGGCCGGAAAUAAACGUUGCUCUCGGACAAAUUGUCCAGCUUAUUACUUUCCUACAAAAACAAUUAUCUGUGAAUCUCCACUCUUAUGAAUUGAUACCUUUGGGGUCCAAAUCGUACAUACUCAAAGAUGUUGUUGGCUCCAAUGAUAGCACAGGAAACCUGCCUUCGAAAAAUCAUUCUGUACUUCCACUAUUUUCGUCUAAUGAGUUUACUUUGGGAAAACUCUUCAACUUCAAUAAGUUAGAUGUUUCGAUGAUGGCAUUGUUGGAUAUCGUAUCGCAGCUCGAACUUCGAUUAAUGAACUUGGACAAUGAACUCGAACUACCAUACAAAAUUUCUGCGAAACAUGAUUCAGUUGGGGGAAAGAGUAUUCGUGUUACAUCCAAUGGACAAUGGACGGAAGCUUGUCGGUACUUGCUUAUUGACUUAAAUUGGAUUCUUGCGUAUGUCAGUGCACAAUGA